UGCUCCUCUUUUUGGCUUCCCCUCCUGCUCGAAGACCGCGAGCCCCCGUCGCCAUCUGGCGUGCAGCGCCAGGAAGUCUCUGUUCUGUCUCUCUCUCGGGACUUCGAUGGGCUCCGAGCUCACCUACCGCGGCCGCGAAGCCCUGCCGGCGGACGACGCCGGGGCGAACUCCCCCAAGCCCGAAAAGAGGUUCCUUUGCCUGCCCCGCCCGCUCCGAUACCUCCUCAGCGAGCAGCGCCUCCUCUUCGUGCUUGUCGGCGUGGCUCUGGCCUCCGUGUUCUUCGUCUUCGCUCCUCCCUACACCGGCCCUUCCACCGCCGGUGCCCACCUCGCGGUGGACCUCGCCCGGUUGUCGUCGAUGCCAGCGGUGCAUGGCGGGUACCGGAUGGCGCUCGAGAGAAGGUUCGUCGGGGGAAGGGUGCCGCUGGGACUGAAGCGGAAGGGGCUCCGCAUCGUGGUCACCGGGGGCGCCGGGUUCGUGGGGAGCCAUCUGGUGGACCGCUUGAUCGAGAGAGGGGACAGCGUCAUCGUGGUGGACAACUUCUUCACGGGGCAGAAGGAGAACGUGAUGCACCACCUCGGGAACCCCAACUUCGAGCUCAUCCGCCAUGACGUGGUGGAGCCGCUACUCUUGGAGGUGGAUCAGAUCUACCACCUUGCGUGUCCGGCGUCGCCAGUCCACUACAAGUUCAAUCCUGUGAAGACGAUCAAGACCAAUGUUGUGGGAACUCUCAACAUGCUGGGCCUGGCCAAGAGAGUAGGAGCCAGAUUUCUCCUCACAAGCACCAGUGAGGUUUAUGGUGAUCCCUUGCAACACCCACAAGUAGAGACCUACUGGGGCAAUGUUAAUCCCAUCGGUGUUAGGAGCUGCUACGACGAAGGCAAGCGAACUGCAGAGACUUUGACCAUGGAUUACCAUCGUGGUGCCCAACUUGAGGUGAGAAUUGCUCGUAUCUUCAACACUUAUGGACCUCGGAUGUGCAUUGAUGAUGGUCGCGUUGUGAGCAAUUUUGUUGCCCAGGCCUUGAGGAAGGAGCCAUUGACAGUUUAUGGGGAUGGAAAGCAAACCAGGAGCUUUCAGUAUGUCUCUGAUCUGGUGGAGGGGCUGAUUAAGUUGAUGGAGGGUGAGAAUGUCGGUCCAUUCAACCUGGGGAACCCUGGAGAAUUCACCAUGCUGGAGCUUGCAAAGGUAGUGCAGGAUACAAUUGACCCCAAUGCCAAGAUAGAAUUCCGACCAAACACAGCAGACGAUCCCCACAAGCGCAAACCUGACAUCACACGAGCCAAAGAGCUACUUGGCUGGGAACCAAAGGUCUCCCUCAGUGAUGGCCUCCCUCUCAUGGUCACUGAUUUCCGCAAGCGUAUCUUUGGUGACCAAGCUGACAACAAUCCAACCACCACCGCUGACAGCAGAUCCAUCUAAAGGGUCGCUCACAAUAUGCAAAGAUGGAUCAUAAGACUUGCAUUUUUGAGUCAAAAGAAGUGAAAGAUCAACUUUUGUUUUCAUUGUUGUCCUUCAAUUCUUCAAUGUACUAUUAUCACCGAGGGCUGAGAAGAGUUAGCUGUGCAUUGCACCACUUCCUGUCCCUUAGUCAUAUGUUUCUCGUCAUUAUUGUUUGUUUUUCUUUUUCUUUACAGAUCGAACCUGGUUUUCAUUUUUGUGCUUAUGUGAAUCGAAUACAGGUGUUCAAAUGUCAUCA